CUUCUUUAAGCCUAGUUUAGUUUAUGUUCUAGGUUUACUUUAGGUCGCUGUGUUUGGUGUUGCAUUGACUGGCACUUGCUGGCAAAUUGACAGUGAUGACUUCAUUUUUCAAAUAAUAAAAAUCACUUCAAACAAUGAUUUGAUUUACAUUUUGCAGUAAAUUAAAAAAAUCGAAACGCUUCGAUAGCACCGAAGGAUAAAUAAUUACUCUAAAAUUAAUAGUGCGUGAUAUAGUGUAAGGUUUUGAAUUAUCCUGGUUUCUGGACAUCAGCUGAGCUAUUAUUUGCGAAGGUUCGAGUGGGCAAUUUCAUUAAUUUUCGUUUGGAUCCGAGCACAUUUUAUCAAACUGGAGCGUUUACCAGAGUAUCUCCGCGAUACCGUGGACUGGUUCAUAGGGAAAGCAAGACGCAAAGAGAAAGAAGGCCCGGAUGCAUCGGCAUCGACAGAUUCGAAAUUGUACUUAGAAUCCACCGUUUUAGAAAGAAAACUACCGGAAAUCGACAUGAGACUUUUGGUGGAUCUACCACCCGGUUUAGAUUAUAACGAAUGGCUAGCAUCGCAUACAAUGGCUCUAUUCGAUCACGUAAAUUUAGUUUAUGGUACGGUUAGCGAAUUUUGUACCCCCGUAGGUUGUCCAGACAUGACCGGUCCAGGCCAGAGAAUAUAUUUAUGGUUCGACGAGAAAGGUAAAAAAACCAAAGUGGCCGCACCCCAAUACAUAGAUUACGUAAUGACAUUUAUCCAAAAAACCAUCGGAGACGAAACUAUUUUUCCUACGAAAUACGCGAAUGAAUUUCCCUCGUCGUUUGAGUCAAUAGUGAGGAAGAUAGUGCGAUUGUUGUUCCACGUGGUGGCGCAUUUGUACGCGGCGCAUUUCAAGGAGGUGGUGUUGCUGGGCCUGCACGCGCACCUCAACCUGACGUUCGCCCAUCUGACGGAGCUCCACCACCGGUUCUCGCUGAUCGAGCCCAAGGAGACGGAGAUACUGAUGGACCUCGAGGUGGCGCUGCGGCUGCGAGAGGAGUGCUCCGGCCAGGAGGGCGGCAACAACAACGACAACAGCGAUUCGUCGACCGUCGAUGCGAAGAGCAACUUAACGGAAGGGCACCUUGGUGACAAUAAAUCGUAGCCGGGCUGGAGGGGUGCUGCGAAUGCGGCGCAGUUUUUUUCCUCAUAGAAGUGCAGUAAUUUAAGCUACUAGAGCAUGUGAUUUUUAAGAUACACUAGCAACGUAUUUUUACUUUUUAUUUAUUGUUUUUAAACACGUUUUUAUUUUCUGUUGACCUACGGAGAACCGGGAAUAUUCGGAGGAAAUGUUUUACCUGUAGAAUUUCGUGACGUUGAAAAUUGACAAAUUGUAAAAUAUUUUGGGGUGAUUUAUUACUGACAGUCCAAUAGAUUUUUUAAGAUUAAGAUUGUUUUGUUUUGACUGGUAAUUUCUUCUUAUACUUACAAACAAAGCGUAUAUCUUUAGUAAUCAUAAAAUAUACUUAUUAUAAGUUUUCUCACAGGCAAGUAAAAGUAAAGUUCAAACUAUUGAGAAUGUUCCUACGUGGCAUAUUUUGAGAAAACUUAUAAUGCCAAGUACCUAAGACAGAAGUUACUUCGAUUUAACAGAGUGCUUAAUUGGUAAUUAAUUGCCGCAAUAUACGCGAAAUUGAAUUAAACUGGAACUGAAGUUGGUUUCCGAUUUCCUGGAAAGACACAGGCGGAUUAGGUUUUAUGACUGAACAGUUUGUUCUCUAAUAUUCGAGCAUAAUUUUGUAGAAAUUUGACUUCACUUCGGUCUGAUUGUUUCUUGUAUUUGUAACCUAUUUGUAGACUAUACUAUUUGCGAGAAUGCGUUUUAAUAUUAAGUGAAUCGUCGUGUAAAACAGUUUAAAUAUAAAUGUUAUUGUGAUCUCAAAACGUUAACAUUUCGUAUCGCUGACGAAUCUCUCUCUAAUUUCGUUUCUAAAAUUUCAAAAAUGCUAAAUUAAGCGAUAUGAGACUUAUAAAAUUAUACUUUUUUGGCUGUAUCAUACUAAUGUAAACAUAAUAAUUCUGUAAGCAGCGAUUUCACGAAGCUUUUCCUACUACACGCGAUGUAAAUUAUAUUUCUAUUAAUUGUAUGCAAUCGAUCAGUUAUUUUUAUUUAUAUUCUCUAAAUGGUAAACGUGCUGAAUUAUUAUCGUAUAUGAAUUCAUUAUAAGUCUUCUUGUAAGUGUUAUUUACUGUUCAGUACAGUUUAGUUAGUUGGGAUGAUUCAUCCUUUGCCACACGAAUUUCUUUCUGGAAAGCGAAUUUCGUCCUUAAAGAUUGUAUCUCUUUGUCAAUGCCGGUUAAUAGAUUGCAAUUAGACUGAGGAAACAAUCAUUUUUCUAGCUAAAACUACAAAAAAAAUGCUUACAGAAUUUGUGUAUAACUUUUAUCAUAUGAAAUAUUGUGAGAUUGUAAAGAAUUAUGGUCAAUUUUGUACUUCGAAAAGAUACCUUCUUGAAGGACUGGAAUGUAAGAUAAACAUGUGAUCUUAAAAAGCAUUUUCACAUUAUCCUUCUGUACAGUGUUAUUGUUCAUGAAACGCUAUUAGUGUUUAUAACAAUGAAUUUUAGUUUAUUUUUUAGAUUCUGCUAUUAGACAUAGCAUUGUUGAAAAUUACAAAUAUUAAAUCUUCAAAUGUUA